CGCUGUCUUGGGCUGGCCUGCUUGGUCUUGGAUGCACAUGCUUGCGACGCUUUCGUGUCGACACUGUCCACAAAGUCCACAGAGCCAGAAUGCCGCUGACCAGCCAGCUCAUCACCUUUGGCUCCUUUGUCGUCACCACCCAGGUCUUCCACCUAACCCGUCUGUCCUUUGCUAUAGUCAAUCUCAAGCCCCUCCUGCCCGGUCAUGUCCUCGUCUCGCCCCGUCGCGUCGUGCCCCGCUUCAACGACCUGUCUGCUGCAGAGGUCCAUGACCUGUUUCUGGCUGUCCAGCGCGUUUCGCGCAUGGUAGAGCGUGUCUUCGCCGCCUCGUCGCUUAAUAUUGCCAUCCAAGAUGGUGUAGAUGCAGGCCAGAGUGUGCCUCAUGUCCACGUCCACAUCAUCCCCCGCAAGAAGGCCGACCUCGACCACAAGGGCGGCACCGAUGCCAUCUACGCCAUGCUCGACAGCGACGACGCCAACGUAGGCAAGCAGCUGGAACGCAAGGCCCGCUUCCCCGCCGUCGAUAACGACAGCCGCAAGCCCAGGUCCGACGACGAAAUGCAAAAAGAGGCCGAGUGGCUGGCCCAGGAAAUGGCCAAGGAUGAGCCUCCUUCUGCUGCUGCUGCUACUGCUGCUGUCUGAGCCACCACGUCCCCCAUUCACUCACUCACUCACUCACUGCCUCCAAAACUGCCGCUUCUAUCUUUACCUGCUAGAAAAUCAAAUACAAUCAUGUUUGCUGCAACACUAUCGCCCCUUCCAAACAGCGGGGUCCACUGCUGCCUGGAGUCGUGGACCAUGGUUGGCCC